GGAUCCAAACCCCGUCAAUUGGGUCAAAGGACGGGGUUUAAAAAUAACAAGUAUAGUUUAUCUAAUUUUCAAAUAUUUAGUACUAACCAGUAAUAUUUGGGGCGUGUAAUAAUGUAUUCAUUUGAGCGCUCAUCAAUAUAAAAAUUAAUAAUAUUGCCGCCGCUGUUGCUGCCGUGAUGGCGGAUAGAAAAAUAUGGACCCGGCCCUGCAGGUUUUUGCCGGAGCAAUGAGGUUAUUCUUAACUCUUAUUGGUCUAGAGUGCCGGGUUUGCAGGAGAAGAACACCGGCAGGAUUUGAUUGGUCAUUACAGAAGUUUUCUUAAAUUGUGAUUGGCUAAAAAUCAAUACCCUGCAAAAGCCAAAAUGCUCACGCUAGUCUUCAUUUUCAUAUCUUCCUCAACAUCAUUGCUCAACAUGGCGUUUAGUUCAGUGAGAGAAGAUGUUUUGAAAUUAUUUCAAGACGAAGAUUUGCAGAAAUUGAUUGAAAUAUUUAAUAUUUAUUCUGAGAAAUGGAUAAAUUCAAAUAAAAAUGUGUUUUUAAACACAGAACAGCUUUAUGCUGUACUUUCUUGUGGAGAAAUUGGUGUGAAUGAAGAUGAAUUAUCUUCCUGCAUCAGUUUCUUCCAAGAAUUGUGUUGCAUUGAGGUCCGAAUUAUCUGGAAAUUGCUUGUUUAGCUCCAUAUCCUUAUGUCUGGUAGGUGAUAAUAGUUUGACGCAACAGUUAAGGCUACUUGCUUGCAUUGAACUUUUUGUCAAUUCUGAGUAUUAUAGUUCUCACCCCAAUUUAUUUGUUGACAAAUAUCCAUCUUUAAGUCCAUCAAAUAUUUAGCAAUGUCAGUAUCUCAUGCUGCUGUUGCAGGGACUAUGGGGUUACUCAGUUGUCACUUUAUCCUGCAUUCAUUUUUAUUCAUAUCAAACCAUUUCAUUGCAAUAUUCAUUAUCAUUUAAUUGAAAACUGUCAAGAAAUAGUAGAACAUAGUUGCAGUUGUCAAGUUAUCCUGUAUUUUUUAAAUAUAAAUAUGCCAAUGACAGCUAAAUUUUUCUCUAUUUUUUCCUCAUCAUUGUAUCUUGUUAUCUUAAUUCUUUACUUCUUUUUUAUUUGGCUGUCCAUGUCUGGAUGACAUUUUUUGUUAUCCUAGGCAUGCUGAUGAGCUCUGAUAUUGAGCGAAACGGCCUAUUAACAUCUAUAAAUGAUAUGAGAUAAUCUUGUUUCUUUAGUUCAUAGGCUUCAUAUAUAACAAUAGAAACUCAGCAAGAAAGAGAAGCAACCAAACAACAUUGUUGACGAUUUUCGUUUUAUGCUGUAUGAAUGACAAAUAGCCUUUUUAUUUUCAAAAUAAUUUACAAUUUAGAUGCGGGAAUGUUGUUUUCAGACAAUCUAGGAUCCUCCAAUGUUUAAAAAUUUUCUGGCCCCUCAGGCCCAACCAUGGUGGGCCUUCGCGUGUCACUAAUAUAAGUACAUUUUACGACGGGGUACAUCAGAAAUCCUAGAUCCGCCCCUGCAGGCCUAUUUCUAUUCUACCCGUAUUCUCAAAGAUUCUUGAAAAAAUUAUGCACAACAGAGUUUUUCGCUUCUUCACCGAGAAUUCUAUCUUUCGUAAGAAGCAAUUUGGAUUUAGAAACAGACACUCCACAGAACAUGCGAUAAUGCAACUUGUGGAGGACAUUCAUCAAUCUUUUAGUGAUGGAAAAUUGACUUUGGGUAUUGUUAUUGACCUAUCUAAGGCUUUUGAUACCGUUGAUCACAACAUAUUAUUAGGUAAACUAAAUGCGUAUGGAAUAAGUGGGGUAACAUUAAAAUGGUUUAAAAGUUAUCUGAGUGAACGAACUCAAUACAUAGAUAUUGGCAGUGACAAAAAAACUAAUAAGCUAACAAUUAAAUGUGGAGUUCCACAAGGUUCAAUUCUUGGACCACUCUUAUUAUUAAUAUAUGUUAAUGAUCUAAGCAAUUGUUCUGAAAUCCUAAAUUCUAUUAUGUUUGCAGAUGACACUAAUUUGUUUUACUCCCAUAAAUGUAUUAAUACUCUUUAUAAAACUGUAAAUACCGAGUUAAACAAAUUAUCGACCUGGUUCUCUGCUAAUAAAUUAUCACUAAAUAUAAAAAAAACAAAGUAUACAUUAUUCC